AUGCACAGUUUAAAGCGCCGAGCAGCCAGGGUCUCGCCUCCUGGCCCGGGCUCCUCUCCAGGCGCUGACCCCCACCCCUCUCCCUUGCAGAGUCCCGCCGCCGCCUCCCCCAACCCUCCCAGCGCCCCACACCCCGACAGCAUCCCCGAGGGCAGCCAGGAGAGGCCCCCUGGGCCGUGCGCGCCGCCGGGGCUGGCGGAGGCGCUGAGCGCGCUGGGGCUGGAGGGAGAACGCGAGUACGCUGGGGACAUCUUCGCCGAAGUCAUGGUGUGCCGCGCGCUGCCCCGGAGGGCCCUGCCCCCGACCGUGACGCCAGAGAUGCGCGCGCUAGUGGUGGACUGGCUGAUCCAGGUGCACGAGUACCUGGGCCUGGCGGGGGACACGCUCUACCUGGCGGUGCACCUGCUGGAUUCCUACCUGCGCGCCGGCCGAGUGCGCCUACACCGCCUGCAGCUGCUGGGCGUGGCCUGCCUGUUCGUGGCCUGCAAAAUGGAAGAGUGCGUGCUUCCCGAGUCGGCCUCCCUCUGCCUCCUGGGCGCUGGCUCCUUCUCGCGGGCCGAGCUUCUGCGCGCCGAGCGCCGCAUCCUGAGCCGCUUGGAUUUCCGGCUGCAUCACCCGGGCCCGCUACUUUGCCUCGGGCUACUGGCCGCGCUGGCCGGGAGCAGCCCCCAGGUGGUGCUACUUGCCACCUACUUUUUGGAGCUGUCUCUGCUGGAGGCCGAGGCCGCAGGAUGGGAGCCCGGUCGGCGCGCAGCUGCGGCGCUGAGCCUGGCGCACCGCUUGCUCGACGGGGCGGGCUCCGGCCUCGAGCCCUCGCUUUACAGCCCCGCAGAGUUGCGCCCGCUCAAGCCAUGCAUGGUCCGCGCCGCGCUCCGAGGCCCCGCGCCCGGCCGCGCCGCUAUCUUCCUCAAGUACGCGCGACCCCAGCGCCAGGGCACCAGCCUCGCCGCCGCCCGCCUGCUCUGCCGCCCCCAGCCCGGGCCUCCCUAAG